CAGCUCGCCCUCUGUGCAGUAACAUCUCAGCUGUUUGGCGCCACUAAGUCAAGUUGAGGAAAUUAGGCGGCAACAUUUAGAAAGAUGAAAGUCCCCAGGUCGCAAUCGACAACUGGAUCCAGCGUUGACCUGGAAGAAUCGGAUAUCUCCGUCCGAAUCCAGAACUUGGACGAGACCGAAGUCGUGGUGAAGAUCGCCGACUGGGUCAAGCGUGGCAGCGGGUGCCUGUGCUGUGAGCAGGAUGGCGCCAAGCUGAGAGCCACGCCCUCGGAGCUCAUCGACAUCUUCCGUAUCUCCUUCAACGAGCAGAUCCAGAGCCGGUACCUCCAGAAGAGCUGCGCCAACAAGGAAAAGCCCGCCCGCCAGGACGCGGAGCUAGGGAGUGUCAGCAGCGAACAGAGCAGCUCCCGGCCGAGCUACAGUCUUGAUUAGCCGGCGUUUGUUUGCGAGAUUAGCCGGCGUUUGUUUUCGAGAUUAGCCGUGGGGUUUUUUUUUCGAGAUUAGCCGUAAAUUAUUUAAGAGAUUAGCCGUCGGUUAUUUAAGAGGUUAGUCUUCGGUUUUUUUUCGAGAUUAGAUGUCAGUUUUUUAAGAGAUUAGAAGUCGGUUAUUUCCGAUAUUAGCCUUCCAAGAUUAGCCCUCGGUAAUUUCCGUGAUUAGCCGUAGGUUAUUUGGGAGAUUAGCCAUUGGUUAUUUCCGAGGUUAACCGUUGGUUAUUUCCGAGACUAGACUUCGGUUAUUUUGGAGAUUAGCUGUCGGUUAUUUAAGAAAUUAGCCGUUGGUUAUUUAAGAAAUUAGCCGUCGGUUAUUU